GCCGCCGCCGCGCGACGAGCCGGGGAGCGGUGGGGGGCCCCGCCCUUCCUGCCUGUGAGGGAGGAGACGGGGGCGGCGGCCGGAGUCAGACGGGAAGAUGGCGGACCUGGAGGAGCAGCUGUCCGACGAGGAGAAGGUGCGUAUAGCAGCAAAAUUCAUAAUUCAUGCUCCUCCUGGGGAAUUCAAUGAGGUGUUCAAUGAUGUUCGGUUGCUGCUUAAUAAUGACAAUCUUCUCAGGGAAGGAGCCGCCCAUGCAUUUGCACAGUACAACUUGGACCAGUUUACUCCAGUAAAAAUUGACGGUUACGAUGAACAGGUUUUGAUAACAGAACAUGGUGAUUUGGGAAAUGGAAAAUUUUUGGAUCCCAAGAACAAGAUUUCUUUUAAAUUUGAUCACUUAAGAAAGGAGGCUACUGAUCCUAGACCACAUGAAGUUGAAAAUGCCAUCGAAUCCUGGAGAAAUUCAGUUGAAACAGCAAUGAAAGCAUAUGUGAAAGAACACUACCCAAAUGGUGUCUGCACAGUAUAUGGUAAAACAAUUGAUGGACAGCAGACCAUUAUUGCAUGCAUAGAAAGCCAUCAGUUCCAAGCAAAAAAUUUUUGGAAUGGGCGUUGGAGGUCAGAAUGGAAGUUUACAAUCACCCCUUCAACCACUCAAGUGGCUGGCAUCUUGAAAAUUCAGGUUCACUAUUAUGAAGAUGGUAAUGUUCAGCUGGUGAGCCAUAAAGACAUACAAGAUUCUCUAACAGUGUCUAAUGAAGCCCAGACAGCGAAGGAAUUUAUAAAAAUUGUAGAGGCUGCAGAAAAUGAAUAUCAGACUGCUAUCAGUGAGAAUUAUCAGACUAUGUCGGACACUACUUUCAAGGCCUUACGUCGACAAUUGCCAGUUACCCGCACCAAGAUUGACUGGAACAAGAUCCUUAGCUAUAAGAUUGGAAAAGAGAUGCAGAAUGCUUAAAGUGAACAUUGCAUGACUGGAUCAUUUUAGUGUCCUUGUAUACAAAUAAAAAUUAUUACAAAAAGUAUUUGGAACUGUCAAAUCACCCAGUCAGCAUGGGCUUUUGCCAUUGAAAAUCACUGUAAGUAGUUUGGUUAGAGCACAAAGCUUAGCUAAUUGACUUCUUUCCUUUUGCUUUCUUUUCAGAGGGUUGCAACUUCAGUAUAGCUGAAUAUCUUCCUUUAGAGUUUCUGUUGUACCUUUAUUUUUUUAUAAUGAAGAGACCAUGCCUUUAGUUUUCAAUUACACAUUAAGAACAGUUCGAAAAAUAUUUUUGCAUAUGAUAACCCGUUCUCUUGCUUUCAUGUGAAAUGGACAACUUCCAAAAUUUGCUGGAUUCCUUGUGGAGAUCAGUAACGUGCAUUUCUAGGUCAAGGUCAACAUGGAGUUAGCCAUAGGUGCUGUUUUUGAAAUCAUCUAUCCUUUCAUUGUAUGUAAAAUUGAGAAAAGCAUUUUAUCUAUCAUUUAAACCUUUCAGAAUACUUAUUUAGAUCGCUCCAUGGUAACUAAAUUUGAAAAAAAGGCCAAGAUCUAACACUGUUUUAAGAUUUUGAAAUUAAGUAAAAGUACUUAUUUCAGAAAUGCAUUUAAUGCUUUGUUCCUGACGAUUACUUAAAUGAGCUUAAACUCCAUCUGCCCUUGUUUAUUAUAAAGCCACAAAUGUAUUAUAACAAGGCAUAUUGUAAUAUAUAUAAUCCUGUACUCAUUACUAUGUCUGUCAGUUUAUUUUUUUUCUUAGAUUGAAAUGUACUAAAAUUCAAUGUGACAUUAAAAUGCAAAUUUUCUAUUUAUUUGAGUAUCAGAUUGCUUCCUGAUAUAGCCUAUUUUUGAUGUUUCUAUUUUUUUUUUUAAUACCACUUUAAACAGCCACAAACUUGUGGCCUCUUGGCUAUUCUCAGUGUAUUUGGAGAUUGAUGUAGUAUCAUCAUCUGUUGUUUCCAUCUGCAUUUAAGAAACAUCUACAUAUGGAAGUCUACUUAAAGCAGGUAUCUUUUAGCUUCAUAUUGGCUACAGAGGAUGGAGGAAAUUACAUGACCAAAAAUAGCACAUUUGUCUGAAUGUGAAGAAUACUUUCUCUGUGUGAUAUAUCUUGUAUUGAAAAUGGCCAUCGGGUAUCUAAAUACACAGUCUUCAGUACAAAUGCUGUAUAACACUUCUGUGAAAUGCAUAGAUUUCAUUUUAAAGUGGAUGAAAACCUGUUUUAAAAUAUGCUACCUAAUUAUAUGCUUAUGACAGAAAAUUAAACAGCUCCUUUUUUUGGAAUGCAGGUAUUAAUGCACACUCCUAAACCAGUAAAGCUUACGCAAAGGUUUCACAUCUUUGUUUACAGCAUGAUCCAAUUAAUUACCUUAAACUGUUAAGUUACAGCAUAGCAAGAGAAAGAGUGUAGACUUGUACUGAGUAUGAAAAUGUACACGCAAAGUAGUUUACUCUUUGAAUUGUAAUAGCAAUACCCCUGUAUUCUGUUCUUCAGUGCUCUCUCAUAAAGGGGUAUGGAAUUAACUGAAGUUCUUGAAAUUGCUGCUACUUUACAGUACUAAACUGUACAGUAGAAGAGUGGGAUUUGUUCUACCACAGUCUUCCUGGAGAGUUGCCCUCUUAAUUGUCUUUGUACAUCAGCUAUUGAACCAUGUUGUUCUUGAAAAGAAGGCUUAUAAAAGCUGUAUGUGAGCUAAUAACAGAUGCCGAGUCACUGUCAAGUCAGUCUGUCAAUCUUAACUAAGAUCUAAAUACAAACUUUGGUGGAAGAAUUUCUUUAACGUAUUUAAGAACAAGCUUAAAAAAUAAAAGACAGUGAACGGACACUUAGGAGAACUGUUAAUGGGCAACAACGGUGCAAAUAACUUUUCUAGCUGUUAGAAUAUUGCGUAUGACCGGAAUCAGCACUGGCUAAAAGUCAGAAUGCUAUUUUUCUUACCUGAAAUAAAAAGAUAAUUUUAAAUAUAUUCCUAAUAAAGAGGUAUUUUACUGUGAAGUACUCUAUUGCUGUGUUUCCCUCUCUGUUUAUUCAGUCCUGUGAUUCCUUAUCUUCAAAGAAUGGCAUCUUACAGGUUCAAUUCUACCAGUAGGGUGAAAUAAGUAGAUCUGUAUUACUUACAUUUUUUUUCCUGUUGUGAUAAUUUUUAGUCUGUGAGAUAAUUUUACACCUUGAACAUCAAAUUUAUUAAGUUAUAGCUUCAAUAAAGCAAUUUAUAAGUAAGUCACUAUUCUGUUACUUUUCCAAAAUGGUAUGCUGUGUCAUAAUUAGGGGUAAUGACUCCCCAGAUGAAGCUGACCUGAGUAUCAGCUGAGGCACAUGGCACGCUUGGAGUUCUUGAUUUUCCUCAAAAGUUCGGAUGUCACUUGCCCUUUUUUUGUUUCUACCCUUACCCCUUUUAAAUUGGAGAACUUCAGAGCUUGCUCAGUAGGCUUUAGGGAAUUUUGUGUAGGUAAAGCACUUUUCUCUGAGAAAUUUUGCUGUGGCAGUUGUCUUAAUGUGAAUUACUAUUUGUUUAUAUUCUAUUUUUAAAUAUAAAGAUAAGCUUUGUAUCGUGGAAUGUUGAUGUACUAGACAUUAUGGCUUGUAAUAUGGACUUGUAAAAUGCUUGUGUUUAUGAAGUGUAUUACAUCUUAUGCAUCUCAGUGUCCCUUUAUCCAAAGGGAUUUUAAAUUUAAUGCAAGUAAGCAAUUGUUCUUUCUGAACAUCUGCAACAGGAGUGACAAUUCUGCUUUCAGUUUCUCCUGAGCAGCCCCGUUUUUGUAUCUCUCUCUUAAUUCGUGCUGCAGGUAGAAUGGAACUUUGUAAUCAUUGUAAUUUUGGUUACAUCACUACUGCUUCCGAUGUUGGAGAUGCUGAAAGCAAUUCUAAUGGGUGGUUCAGUUGGGAAGGCUGCAACGCAGUUUGUUAGUGAAUGCUCCUUCAGCCCAGGGUUACAAGUACGGUAUGAGACCGAGCAUCCCAAUAGGUGUGCUCUCUCUAAGGGGCAGCUCCAGCCGCAUCUACGGCAGUGAUGUCGUCGGUGCAGUUUGGGAGUAAAUCCCUCCUUUCAGGCAGCUUGAAACCACCUGUGUGUUGAGGAUGGCUGGAGGAUCAGACUAAACCUGGCCUUCAAAUUUCCAGACUGUAUAUACUGUAGGUACAGAGGCUGAACAUCAGCUCUUUGAUUCUAUGGAUUCACUCCGAUCGUACGGAAUUGCUUGCUGACACAGACGUAGCUUCUGCUGCAUUUGUUUACUGGAAAGACUGAAACCGUUCUUCCUCUGAUGCAACUGUAAACUAGGUUUAGAUUAAACUUAGUUUGUUCCUAACCUU